GCUGUCAGAUUAAUAGGUGCGGCCAUGUUGAUCUGUAGCGAAUAAAAUAGAAUUAUUUUGCUUUUAGGGAAUAAAAAUUGACACAAUAUGCCCAAAUGCGACCUCAAAACGAGAUACAUCCCCGCGACCUUCGCCUGGACAUUGCUUUUGGGCACGACGUCACUAUUUUUUUAUUUUCCAUGCCAGUACUACCUACAAAGGCACCCAUGGGUCCCGGCAUAUCAAGGUGUCAUAACGUUUUUUGUUUUGGCCAAUUUUACACUGGCCACUUUCAUGGACCCGGGAGUUAUACCAAAAGCUCCACCUGACGAGGACCGCGAAGACGACUUCCGAGCUCCUCUGUACCGCAGCGUGGAAAUAAAUGGCAUAACUGUACGAAUGAAAUGGUGCGUCACGUGCAAGUUCUACAGGCCGCCGCGCUGCUCGCACUGUUCUGUGUGCAAUCAUUGCAUAGAGACAUUUGACCACCACUGCCCUUGGGUGAACAACUGCAUAGGGCGCCGUAACUAUAGGUUCUUCUUCUUCUUCCUAAUAUCGCUCUCGAUACACAUGCUGAGCAUAUUCGGACUCAGUCUCUACUUCAUCAUGAAUAACAACGGCCGCACUUUGACUGAAGUCGAGCCUAUUGUGUCAAUGGUGAUAAUGGGCGUAAUAGCCCUCCUAGCCAUCCCGAUAUUCGGGCUGACGGGGUUCCACAUGGUGCUGGUGUCGCGGGGCCGCACCACGAACGAGCAAGUCACGGGCAAGUUCACCGGCGGCUACAACCCCUUCUCCAAGGGCUGCUGGUACAACUGCUGCUAUACGCAGUUCGGCCCGCAAUAUCCUAGCCUAGUCCGCCCAUCGAAAUACGUGUACAAGGGCAAGAAGCGCCGCGAGCUCCGGCCGCCCUCCGACUCUGGCAUAUCGACGAUCGCGACCGACCACCAGGUAAAGACGUACACGGCCGACAACGGGACGGCGCACCGCGUGGUCGGCGCGCACGCACACUAUAACAAGCUAUCCCCCGGCCGCGAGGAGCCCUCCUGCGAGAUGGAAGGGCCGGGCGCCUCCCAGUCCGCCGACUGCGAGCCCACGCCGCCGCCGAUGCAGCGCCGCGGCUCCGGCGCGAACCUGUUCCCGCCCGCCGACCAUCACCUGCCGCCGCGACAUCACUACCCGCGGCUCAGCCCGCUCUCUAGGAACACUAGCCACGGCAACACAACCACUGGCUACCGCGUAGUGAUGGAGCCUCUUCGAUACGACGGCGGCGCGAACGGCGCCCGGCCGUCGCCCACCAUGCAACAGCGCAUCAAGUCGCUCGGAGUGGCAACGCCGCUCGCCGUGAGCAGUCCUGUGCGGAGGUCCAACCCGGGCACGCCGACCGCGCCGCGCCGGCCCGACUUCAUCGGCGUCGGCCGCGCCGCCUCGCCGCAGCGGCGCUUCCUGUCCGAGGGCGAGCUGCUGCGCGACCCGGCGCCGCCGCCGCCGCACCCGCACCGCCCCACGGCCGACGACAUCCGCGAGCUGGCCGCCUCCCCGCAGCGCGGCAACUACCUGUGGGCCGAGCGGCCGCCCCCGCGCGGCGGCGUGCCCGUGUUCCCGCCCGCGCCCUCCCCGCAGCCGCGCCGCCGCCCUCCUCCUCACUCCACCCCCCCCGCCCGCCCGCUCUCCUUCGUGCGCGCGCUCGAGGUGCAGGACCAGCUGGACAAGCGCGCGCCCGCCGCCGACCCGCCCGACCGCGCCUCCGUCUACGACUGCAACUACGAGAUAUCCGUUUGAGACGCCCGAACUGAACAGACGUUCCGCGUGUUCGACGUUCCGAUGUUACCUUAGCGUGUGACGGUUCGACUCGGUUUUACGUUCUCGACCCCCGCGAUACCGGACGUUCGGUUCGUCUAGUGCUCCGAGUGCGGCCCGCGUGUGAUUCCAAAGAGCGUGUUUGUUAUUUUUUGUUUAAUGUUGUAACGCACAAUGAUCACUGAAAUUGACCAUGGAAAACCUAGAAAACCUCCGAGUAAAUUUAGAUAUUCGAAUGUGAACCUAUUAGAGAGUAUCAGGCCGCCGGUCAGCAUUUUGUAUCCUCGAGCCAUAGAGUAGGUCCGCGGUGAGGAGUGAUUGUGUGACGUUACUAUUAUAGUCAAUAGCGAUUAAAUGUAAGACUCGGGUUAUUGCUCGUAAGGUGUAAUUAGAGUUUUAUAUGUAUGUAUAUUUGUGAGCGAUUUGUAUUGUUGAAUUAUAUUUAACUUUGUUGACAGAGCGUGUACAUAGUCCCCCCAGUGUUGUGAUUCCGAGAUGACAAUUAUAGAAGUAUAUAGAAAUUGUAUCGACAAUUUGUGUGUCUCAAUUAUUCUGUAUAAAAUAUAUUUAUAAAAAAUAAGAUUUCUUUGAGCUGUUGUAUGUUUUUCCUUUAGGUUUAAUGUACGCCACGGAGACCCGUGGUUACGGAAUUGACUGAUUUGUUACUGCUUCAAUUUUCUUAGUUUGAGCGAGAAUAUGUACAGACUCGAUCUGUUACUUCUGUGCCUCGGCGACUGUACAAAUAUUUGACACAAACUACAAAACUCAGUAUUGAUGUAGCACUUAUACGUAACACUAGGAAUCCACAAUCACAUAGCACUGACACUUUAUACGCGUAAAGAAGUAAAAGAUUGACUCUGGUAAUGUAUGUGCCAAAUAUUCCGUAGACACAUAGCUUAGCGCGCAAUCUGUUACUGGAAACUUCAUUUUUCAUAGACUAUCUGUGGCAGUUAUGAUCGUGAUCUGAAGCCCGUAACCAUAUUACCUGGUUUGAUAUUUUGUAUUACACUUGCUUUAAAAGAUAUAAUAUAUAUACUGUAAUAAAUAUUCUUACUGAUAAAAAUCCUGGUCACGGCACCAAAUUGUAAGGCGUUCGCACGUCAGGGAGGGGACAUCGCUAUAUAAUUGCAUAGUGCUGGCUCCCUUACACGUCAGAACGGUUGUCAAGUCCGUAACUGUGCGAUAACGACGUAAACCAAUAUUAAUAGUAUAGUUAGUGAUCUGUUAAACGCUUACACUGCCACAGGUAGAUCCAUUAUCGCAUAUAAAUUCUCAUUUAGUUUUUGGUGAGAUGGUUUAUUUAGGUCAACAAAAGUAGCGCUGGAGCAUCCUAAAAUUAUACUGAAUGUAUAUUUCAUAACCAACAACGCUUUACACCUCUUAAUUUUAAUUAUUGACAGAGCUUAUAUGAAUAUAUAAGUAAACAUGGCAUGCUAUUGUAAAAAAAGGAAUUCUUAGUCAAAAUCUUAGUGUAACAACCGAUAUUGACUAUUUAAUGCGAUGACGUUAAAAUUAAAUUUUAACUACCGACUAAGGUGUAUAUCGUUUGAUACUGAAAGUUCUGAAUACAAUUGUUUAUAGGACUGUAUUAAUAUGGCACCUAUUAAAACCUCUCAUUGAGUUUAUUAUCAUAUUUACAAUGUGUAUUUGUUCGACACUUACUUAAAUCGCUCUGAGGACUAAACAUGAGUAAAAAAAAAGUGUUCCGUGAAUACGGAACACUUAAAAUGAAAGGUAAAGAAGACCUAAAUAUACAUGUAAAAAGGUCACACUAAGAGUUAAACCCGUACACCCUUUUAACCAACUAUGAAAGGUGUUAUACGUGUUUUCUAAGAAAGGAUAAAAGGUUCUCAAUGAUCUCGAUUUUCUAAUUUUUCGUCCUUAUAACGCAAUACUUAGAUUUUUAUAAUAGAGAAUUCAUAUACAAACAUAUUUUCUUCUUACGAUAUGUAUCUAAGUUAUCUAACACGUGCGCUAUAGCUAGGUAAAUUGUAUAUAGUUGGUCCAAAAAAAGUCUGCAGCGGAUUUGAUAGCCCACGCAGUGCAAGUGUCAUUAAUACGUCAUAAUUUUAUAGAAGUUUGACGUUUAAAAUAACACUCACUGCGUGGGCUAUCAAAUCCACUGCAGACUAUUCAUGGUCUGACUAUCUACACGUUGAUGUAAUCAAUAUGUCACAUCAGUGGCCGAGAUUAUUGUUUUGUGUACAUAAUAUCAUAUAUUUAUGUAAUGACAAUCUAUAAGUCAGGCAGACUCAAAUAGGCUGAUACUCGAAAAAUAACUGCUACAAUUCUUAAUAAAACUAAUAGAGUUCAGCUUGAUUUGGGACUGCUUGGUAUGUGGUUAUUUUAAAGGAAAAGCGACCUUAAUGCUUCAAGUACUUACAUCUCUUCUAUUUGUAUUAUCUCUAGGUAAUAAGAAUUGGUGCGUUAGGGUCACUUUUGCGUACCAACAUAUUGUACAGAAACCGUAUGUCUUAUAAUUUAUUAAGGUUAAGUAUGUAAAUAUUUUGCGAUGUAAAACAGUCCUAAGAAUAAUUUUGUAUAGAAUGUGUAAUAGCAUUUGUGAAUAACUGUUUGAUCAUAAUCACUGUUUCUUCCUUAUUUAUUCGGUAAUCCGUUUUUUUCCUGAACAUAUCAGAUGUGUUAAGGUCGCUGCAUACUCGACGUGAUUUUAUGAUAAAUCACGUUUCCUAUACGGCUGCCUUUAGUGUGUAGCGUGUGUAAAUUGUGCAAAUUUGUCAAGCAGUGCUUAGAUUGUGAACGGCCUAUACUUGGAAAAGAUCAUUAAUUUCAUUGUAUUAUAGAGAUAACAUUCCGAUUUUCAUUUAUUUAUAUCACAUUCGCUGAUAGGAUUUCUUCAUCCAUUUCGUGAAAUAUGAAAUGCGUCGGAGUAAACUCAUAUUGAGUUUUUUUUUUACAUUUCAUUAUUUUCAUCAACUGUCUCGCCAAGCAAAACGACCGGUCUGGCCUAGUGGGUAGUGACCCUGCCUGCUAAGCCGAUGGUCCUGGGUUCGAAUCCCAGUAAGGGCAUUUAUUUGUGUGAUGAACACUAAUAUUUGUUCCUGAGUCAUGGGUGUUUUCUAUGUAUAUAAGUAUAUAUAUCGUCGCCUAGCACCCAUAGUACAAGCUUUGCUUAGUUUGGGGCUAGGUUGAUCUGUGUAAGAUGUCCCCAAUAUAAAAAAAAAAUGUACCAUGUGAGUGGUUCAAGAAGUGCCACUUAUCAACCUUCCUUUUUUACUGUCAAAACAGUACCUUUUUUAUGAGAACGUCUUUUUAUAGAGUUAGAGAUGGGAUUGAGCCUUACACUGCCAUAAUAUUUUGGCCUAACCCUUCUGUGGUCGUCAAAUGGAUGAAGAAACCUAUUUUGUGUUCAUAUAGCUAGCAAAACAUGCAGUUUUUCGAACCUACAUAGGAUUAUUGUGUAAACUCUGACCACCAUAGUCAUUAGUCAUUAAACUCUGUUCGGCCAAUCUUGAUUCAUAAAGCGCUUUUUACGAAAAGUAGCUACUGAAAUGGAAUUAGCGUAUCGCCGGUCAGUUUCCUAAUUCGUCAAUUUUGCUGAUUCAGUAGUUUACCUUCUGGUCAUUUUCACUAGGUUGACAAUUUCGCUAGUGGGUCAUUUUCCUAAACCUUCAGUUUACUCUUUCGCCAGUUUUGCUAGGCUUCAGUUUCGUAAAUUUGCUAGUUUCCUUAUGUGCUAAUUUAAUUAUUCGUCAGUUUGGUCAAAUGGUCAUUUCCCCUAGAUAAUCGGUUUCUAUAUUCGCCAGUUUCACUAGUUGCCAGGGUCUUAUAGUCGUGUUUCGGUGUAUCAAAUAUACAAGGUGAUUUCAGGGUCGUGUGGCAAGUAGCAAGAGACCAAGGCUUGAUGCAGAAUCAAAAGAUGAACCUAUUGAUGCUUCAUUGAUGUUUCUAGUCACCUUAUUAAAUGUUAUUUUAAAACUAUUAUCCGACACCAUACAAAGUUAUGUCAUCUGCUAUUCUCCUGUAGGUACAGUCACCUGCGAAAUUAUCUUCCAGAACAAAUACUGUAGAAGUAUCUUAUUUAAGCAAUCUCAUUUGUAGAGCCAUAAACGCGUGUCACCUUAAGAUCGCCUUAAAAACAGCUGGGUUCCUAGUUUAGUACGGAACCCCAAAAAAGUAGCAAAUCAUAAACAUGACGAGAUGGGAAAACUGACAAACUAAACUAUCAGAUGAACAAGGAAAGUAACGGAUUAGGAAAAUGACGAAAUAGCAAAACUGACAACUUAAGAUAAUUGAGGAAUAAGGAAGUUUGCGACUCAAGAAACUGGCUUAAUAGGGGCUCUGACAAUUUAGUGAAACUGGCAAAAAAGGAAAUUGGUGAAUUAAGAAACAGUCUAAUCAUUAAACUGUUGAAUCAGCAAAAUUGACGAAUUAGGAAACUGACCGGUGAUACGCUAAUUCCUGAAAUGGGUUCUUCAGAGAAAAUGAAAGAAGUUUUCCAUUGCAAAUUUGAUUUGAUGUAGCUGACUCAGAGGGCUUACCGCAACCACAUUCGACGUGGUGCCUCUCUGUUGCACUUGUAAAUUCGUACGUAAGUGCGACAGGGAGGCAACACGUCGAACGUGAUUCGCGGUAGACCCUCAGCAAUAACUAAUUCUUGCUUUGGAGAAACCCAGAUCUACGUAUAUAUCUUCAGCUGCUUUGUAUUCUAUGGUUGGCUGGACGGAUCUUAUCGAAAAAAUUGUAAGACUCAAGGGCAUCGAAUACAGGUCAUCUUGUAUAAUUUUUUUCAUACAAAAUUACACUUUUUUCAGUACUAUAGAGUGAACUGAUUGUGGUGGUCGAAAUCGAAAAGUAAAAAUAGAAUUAUAUUGGCUAGCAUUUUUGACGGUGCGUACUUAAAUUAUAUACCUAAUUGAAUUGUUUGAAACCGUACUGUAUAAUAGUUACAAAUUAGUUAUUACAAAUGGGUUUUUAAAGAUUUUUAUGUUCAAGGGAAUAAGUACCUCGAGCAAGUCCAAAUGGUAGGUUAGUCAAAUGCAGUUAGAGUGGUAAAGGAAUACAUGGUGUUUUUGUUUUUAAGAAGGUAAAGUAUUAAUUUACAUUUUAGUUUGUUUGAACAGAGUUAUUCAAUGAAUUGAAUUGGUUCAAUGUCAAAGCGCCACUUGCACUAUUCCACUAACCCAGGGUUAACCGGUUAAACCUGGAGUUACCAUUGUUACCAGUAUAAUUUGACACUGGGUUAACGGUUUAAUCGCUUAACCCCGAUUUUGUGGGAUGGUGCAAGUGGCCUUUAGGGUCACUUGCGCGUCCAGGGUUAGCCAACUAACUCGGAGUUAUUAUGAACCACGCAAGUGGCUCUAAUUACUCUAAUAGUAUUAUGAAGAUGAGCCGUCGGGCGCCUAGGUAAUAAAGAGCGGUUAAAACAUUUCUAAGUACUUAUACUUAAUUAAAUACGAAAACCAGUUGUUUUUAGCGAUUAUAAGAUAAAGCCUAAAAUUUAUGAUCACGUGGUUUUAAAAUGUAAUUUUGAUUUAGACCUAUUACCGCUCCGUACGUUAUUCGGUUACUACUAAGGUUUCCAAGUGCUAACAUUUGGCAAUCCAGUCAGGUAGGUACAUCAGAACACCAUCUAGCUAUAUCCACUGUCAUAACUAAGUUACCAAUAACAUUAACAAUAUUGCGCUACCAAGGUAAUCUUAGUACCCCUAUAUUUAUUCCCUUGACAGACCUUUCCGGAAAUGAGUUUUAAAAAUGUAACUAAAGAUAGCUUUAUUUAAUUUGUCUAGGCGCGCAGCGGCUUAAGGCCGAAACACACUGCAUGCAUAAUGCUUGCUCCUUCUGUGUAGUUCAUGGCUUGGGUACCUACCGUACUCUCAAAUGCUUAAGUGUGGUAUUCCACCUGUCCAAUAUUUGGUCAAAUGUGCAUUGCGUCUCACUCACAUAUAAAAAAAAAUACAAAAUUGAACAAAUAUCGGACGGGUGGAAUACCACCCUAAGCCAUGCAACACGGCGGUGAGGCAUACGGUGUGGUUGGGCCUUUACUCAUUGCUCAUAUUUAUGGGGAAAUGAUCUCUACCGAAUAACUCUGUUUACAUCAAACUAUAUGUUAGGUUAAUUGACAUUGAUUUGUUUUCCCAAACUCGACGUGUUUUGAACACUGACAGCUGUGCUGCAAGAUUUAUUUAAGACUAAAUUGCAAAAGGUAAUUCAAGACCAAAAAAAGUAAGACAAUGUUGCCACUGCAAUAAUUUGUUUGUAAAAUAGCUUGGAGGAUAUAACCAACGGAGACGCCAUGUCUAAAAUUUUCGGUACAAAAUAGUCUGCCGUUUUUUGCGGGGGAGGGGCACAUCAAAUGUAUAGGUACGUCAUGUCAGAUAAACGUCAGUCCAUACAUAAGGUUGACAUGAGGUUGACCAUUGGCCGCCUAUUUUCGACAGAGGGGAACGCCUGUUAACCUUUUGGCCGCCGGACCUAGUCCGCAAAGACGUUCACUCACACGCCAGAGCAAAAUUUAAGUAAACAACUAAUAAAAAGUUUAGGGAUUGCAAAUAGUGAUAUCGAUAUUUACAAUUUAUGGUAAAAAUCUUUUUAAUUUAGCUUUGUUCAUAUCCUGUUUUAAUUUAAUUCCAAAUUGCCAAAAUUAAACAUAUGUUUUACACCCGAAAAUGUUUAAAAUAUAGGGAUUUAACAUAAAAAACAACCACUAAACAAUGUCGAUUCAAGACGUGAUAUCGCCGCACUAGGCUGUACGAAAAGUCUUUUAUACAAGACAACGGCGCGCAUGGACUGCCCGCAGUGCAGAUCGACAAGGACUGUUUCCGCGCGGAUCAAGUAAUAAUAGUCUCUAGGUCAACGGCGUAAGCGCUUGUCGGUACGUAAACUUUAUUGGCGUAACGUUAAAGCUGCGCAUCAUGUGUCGAUAAAGUCAAUAUACCGGAACUGUUUUAGUGAAAAUUACACGUGGGUUGAAUUUUUAAUGAGUGAAGAUAUUAUAACUUUUAAGUAUUAAUAUAGUUUUUAAGCCUUAUUAUAUGUAAUACUAACACAAUGGGAUCUCUGUUAUCUUGAAUUAAAUAAAUAAUUGAAAUUGAAUUGAAUUAUUCCGGAAUUAGAAUCUAUCAUUAUAAUUUCAGUUUGGUUUACAUUAAUAUAGGUAAACUCUAAUAAAAAAAACGUUCAAUGACUUGUUAUAAAAAAAAAUACACAUUAACUUCAAUGUUAUAACAAAAAACUAAAGUCUGAUAAACAGGUAUGUCCCUGUACCACUCUUGUGCGAAGCGGUCGCUGCGGUGUAUCCCUUCCCACUAAGCUAUAAAAUAACAUCAAUUAUUUUUUUUAUUUAUCUCUUCUGCAAUUAAAUAGUCCACAAUCUACAAGGGCAAAUUUACUUGUCUGACUCUAGUUUAUAGAACUAAAGAAGCUGCCUGAACUUUAAAUAUAGUUAUGCCUGUCUGACUCUCGUUCUACGUAUUCUAGUAAGUAGUUAUACCUACUAUUCGUUGAAAAAAAUUGGCGAUUAACAAGUGUUCAAAUACUUAGAUAAAAACAUAUUUCUGACUUUAUAUUUACUUUAAAAAUUCCCAUAUCGAGUUAACAUUCCCAUCCCUAGCUGUCUUUUAUACAAGACAACGGCGACGAGGAACAUGAAAAAUGUUGAAAAUUGGAGCAAUUUUUUUAAAUGCCUUAUUAUAAAAGAAGGGAUUUAUAUAGCGGCUUAAAAUGCAAAUAAAUGAAAAAACAAAGACCUUAAAUAUGAACACGAGUGUAAAUGAAAUUGCAAUUGUUAUUAUUUUCACAUUAACUCAGUGGUUGAAUUUGUGUCUUGUAUACAAGACGACGGCGCCAGCGUAUCGUUCUAUCGUUGUCUUCUAUACCGGACAACGGCGGUCAAAGGGUUAAUGGCGGCUCCAUUGUUAAUUACUCCGAGUAAAAUAGUAAAUUCCUUUUGAUAAAUAAUCACGCUGAGAUAAUUUAUUUAUUAGUCAUUUUACUCCUACGAUUUAAAAAAGUACUUUUAUUUACUUAUUUUUACACAAGACGCUCUAGUAAAAAGUGGCAACAUUUCUUACUUUUUUUGGUCUUGAAUUAGGUACGUUUUGCAGUAUAAUGUGUAUUAUUAGAACCUCAAGUCGUUGAAACCUAAUAUGUAUGUGACAGUGUUUUAUUUUUGUAUUUUGAUAAAAUUUGUGUAAAUAAUUUUCUUAUUUUAUUGAUAUUAAACUCAAUUUAAUCAA